CGCACGAAAUCCCAGACAGCUUUCUCAGGUGGCUUCCGAAGCCACCCGGCUUUGUGUUCCGGCCGUGCUCCGGGCUGUGGAGUUUAAAUUCCGCGCGCUGCACCUGGAUUGGCCGCGUCAGCGAGCGGAGGACAGACUGCGGGCCCUCUCGCCUCCUCGCCUAUUUCCCCGGGCUGAAGGUUUUCAAAUCCGACCAAUCAGCAGGCGCGCUCGCGCCGCCCGGGCGCCGCACGGAAGAGCAGCGAGCAGCCAACCAGAGGCGCGCUGCAGCGGAAAGGACCAAUCAGGAGGGCGCGAGGGGUGAGCGCACGGGGCUUAUAAGGGCGGCUUCAGGGGCACGCACGGCGACAGUUGGACUGCGGCGGCGUGCUUCCCUCCGGGCCGUUCCGGGCGCUUCUCUCCUCCUCCUCCGCUACCUCGCGCAGCAUGUCGGGCCGCGGCAAGACCGGCGGCAAGGCCCGCGCCAAGGCCAAGUCGCGCUCGUCGCGCGCCGGCCUCCAGUUCCCGGUCGGCCGGGUGCACCGGCUGCUGCGGAAGGGCCACUACGCCGAGCGGGUGGGCGCCGGCGCGCCGGUCUACCUGGCCGCGGUGCUCGAGUACCUCACGGCCGAGAUCCUGGAGCUGGCGGGCAACGCGGCCCGCGACAACAAGAAGACGCGCAUCAUCCCCCGCCACCUGCAGCUGGCCAUCCGCAACGACGAGGAGCUCAACAAGCUGCUGGGCGGCGUGACGAUCGCUCAGGGGGGCGUCCUGCCCAACAUCCAGGCCGUGCUGCUGCCCAAGAAGACGAGCGCCACCGUGGGGCCGAAGGCGCCCGCCGGCGGCAAGAAGGCCUCGCAGGCCUCGCAGGAGUACUGAGCCGCGCGGCGCCGCCGGGACGCCCGGGUCCUCCCGGAGCCACCACAAAGGCCCUUUUAAGGGCCACCCAAGCCCUCACGAAAGAGCUGGGAAGCACCGGGGCGGCGCGGCCCCCCCGCCCCCGCACCGCCCCGGCUCCGGGGGCGCCGCUCGGCCGCGACCCGUGAGGCGAUCGCCGGGGGGCUGCGCCUCAGGCCGCCCCGCGCUCGCGACUCCGCCCGCCCGCCCCGGACCCCGGGCGCCGCAGCCUGGCGCUCCCGGCCGCGGGGAGGCUGGCGGCUCGCGCCCGCGGCCCCUCUGCUGCCUGAUCCCCGGCCUACCGCGUCCGCCCGCCUGCCCGCCUCCUCGUCCUCAGGCCCGCGCGCGCGGCGGCCGGAAGCUGCCGCGAUCGAGCGACCGACCCCCGCCUCUGGAGACGAGCGCCGGCGAGGAGGGAGCACGCGGGAGAGGCCCGGCCCCCGGGGCCACUUCCGCCGCCGCGGCGUGGACGCCAGCGGCGCUCUGACCUCCCCGCCCCCCGCCCCCGGACGCCAGGGACUCCCUGGCCGCAUCGCCCCUCUGGACCGGCAUCUCGCCGCAAAUGCUUGUCCUGGGGAAUUUCACACGGACUAGUUUUAUUAAAGCAUUGGUUUUCUU